AUGGCUCGUCCUAGAAUCACCGUCCUCGGCUCCCUAAACAUCGACCUCGUUUCCUACGUCCCCCACCACCCUCUCCCCGGCGAGACCCUCACGGCCAACCACUUCAACACCUCUCCCGGCGGCAAAGGCGCCAACCAAGCCGUCGCCUGCGGCAAGCUCUCCCGCUCCUCCGAUCUCUCCUCCCCCGCCGCCGAUGUCUCCAUGAUUGGCGCCGUCGGCUCCGACACAUACGGCCAGCAGCUCAUCUCCAGCCUGACGUCUUACGGCGUCGACACCUCCGCCGUCGCCGUCCGCGAAGACGGCAAGACCGGCAUCGCCAUCAUCGUCGUCGACGAGCCCAGCGGCCAGAACCGCAUCAUCCUCUCUGCCGAGGCGAACCAUACUCUCCUGCCGGAGCACUUCUCCACCUUGCCCGGCCCUCGCCCAGACCUGCUCAUCAUGCAGCUCGAGAUCCCCUUUGACACCGUCCUGCAAGCCCUCCGCGCCGCCAACGUCUCCAACAUCCCCGUCCUCCUCAAUCCCGCGCCCGCAAAGGUCCUUCCCGACGAAGCCUACACCAACCUCGCCCAUCUGGUCGUCAACGAGACCGAAGCAGCGAUCCUCUCCGGCUGCCAAGAGUCCGACCUUGACGAUGUCUCCGGUCUUGAGCGUGUCAGCGCAAUCUUCAUCCAGCGCGGCGUCAGCAACGUCAUCAUCACACUCGGUGGCCGAGGCGUCUACUAUGCCACCAAGGACGGCAAGUCAGCGCUUGUGCCUGCCCUCAAGGCCAACGUCGUGGAUACCACCGCUGCGGGUGAUACCUUUGUCGGAUCUUAUGCGCUGGCCGUCGUGAGCGCCGGAACAGGCGUCUUCGAUAUCGACACCGCCAUCAGGGCUGCUAACCGGGCCGCGGCCAUCACUGUAUCUCGCAAGGGCGCUCAGAUUUCCAUUCCAUGGAAAGAUGAGCUGAACUAA